UUGCCAGCCACCAUGGAAGUCGCUGCAGAAAGCGUGGAGGUGAAACGUGGAAAUAUAUCGGACCAAGAGGACGACAGCGGCUCAGAUACCGAUUUUGAACCUUCAAAACUCGGAACGAAAGAAUAUUGGGAAGAUGCAUACCAGAAAGAACUGGAGACAUUCGCAGACAUUGGGGAUGUUGGUGAGAUAUGGUUUGGUGAGGAAAGCAUGAGCCGUGUGCUGCGAUGGAUGGACAAAGCUAAGAUCCCAGCAGACGCUGCCAUUCUUGACAUUGGCACUGGAAAUGGAGCCUUUUUAGUUGAACUGGCUAAACACGGAUGCAGGACUCUGACCGGGAUAGAUUAUUCUCCAGCGUCUGUAGAAUUGGCCCGAAACGUUCUGCAGGCGGAGGACUUGACGGAUGUCACUGUAAAGGAGAUGGAUUUCUUAAACUGCCACGGUGAGCUCAAAGGUUUUGAUGUCUGCAUCGACAAAGGCACAUUCGAUGCAAUAAGCUUGAACCCGGACAGCUCUAAGGACAACAAAAAACUGUAUCUCCAAGUUCUGAAAGAUGCUCUCAAGGACAAAGGAUUCUUCACUAUCACUUCCUGCAACUGGACAAAAGAGCAGCUGCUGGACCGAUUCAGUGAAGGAUUUGAGUUUGUAGAGGAGUUGCCUACACCAAGCUUCCAAUUUGGAGGCAAGAAGGGCAACAGUGUGACAGCCCUCAUCUUCAAGCGAAUACAUUGACUCACAUGUGCCCAGAGGAUACUUUUUCUGUGUUAUCAAUUUUAUUUUUUUUCUUGUUAAUCACAGGAAAUCAUAAUUACUGUACAUAAUAUUUUAUAACACUUGAUUCACUUCUAAAUUGUGUAAUGACAGUGUAACUGAGUGGAAUUCUCUUGAAAUAAAUAUAGUUUUGGUU